CUUUGGACGGGAAUCACCUGGCAUCCAGCCCUUGGUCCACCAUGAUGAAUGGUUCAUAUUCAAAAGAAAAAAAGAAAAAGAACAAAAGAUCGUCUUUUACGACCAGCAUGACUUGAUCCCCCACCUUCGCUGAGAUGGUGGGUGUGACUGCGAGACGCAGAGAAGAAACAACAGCGUGUAGCUUGGUGUCCAGUUGUGAGCCAGCUCAGGCCCUGAGACGUAGUUGCGUCCCUUCACUGCACCUUCCACUAACAAGCUUCACAACAAUGGCUGGUCUCUGCUUCUCCUUCUAUAAAUGUCCUCCCCUUCCACUGCCUGAAUUCACAACCGAAAUUCUCUCUUUCUCUGUCAGGCAUACACACUAAGUCUGUUUCUUUAAAUCUCUACCCAUUUGGAGAGCUACCAUCAAUGGCUGCUUCCGGUCAUCAUUCAUCUGUGGUGCUUGUGUUGUUAGUCUUGACCACCAUCUUUUCUUUUGGUGGUGCUGCUACUCCUUUGAUACAAAAUGUCAAUGUUACUGCUGGAAGGCCAGUCAUAAGGAACGGGGGCAAUGUCAUUGAUCUUGUGCUGGACCAAUCCUCAGCAUCCGGCUUCCAAUCGAAGCAAGAAUUCUUGUUCGCUCGGGUCGAUAUGCAGAUCAAGUUACCGGCCGGUGAUUCCGCAGGAACAGUGACUACCUUUUACAUGUCAUCACAAGGCACUAAUCACGACGAGAUCGAUUUGGAGUUCCUUGGCAACGAGACAGGACAGCCUUAUGUUCUUCACACAAAUAUCUAUGCGCAGGGCAAGGGGAACAAGGAAAUGCAGUUCUACCUCUGGUUCGAUCCUGCUGCUGCAUACCACACCUACUCCAUCCUCUGGAACCCACGAUACAUUAUAUUCUAUGUGGACAGAAGGCCAAUCAGGGUCUUUACCAACAAGCAGGCACUAGGCAUUCCCUUCCCCACAAAUCAAACGAUGAGGGUCUAUGCAAGCUUAUGGAAUGCAGAUGACUGGGCUACACAGGGAGGGAGAGUGAAGACCAACUGGACCAACGCUCCCUUCAUCGCUUCUUACGCGAACUUCCGGGCAACUCCAUGCCCUUCAACUUCUACGUCACCACUCUGUGGGCCGCAGCCGGCGACAUCCUCCUCUGCCUCGCCUUCUGGCGUCCAAGUCCCUGAAGUUGAUAACUGGACCAAGAGGAUGACCAGGCUUUUGCAGAAGAAUUUCAUGAUCUACAACUACUGCAAUGAUGUCAACCGCUUUCCCCAGGGCCUACCUCAAGAGUGUCUCACUGAGAAGUAGGAUUUCCUUCUUUCAUUUCUCCGGCAAAUGACUGCCUGUACUCUACUAAGUCCGACUGUCUUAUUGUUGGUUCAUUCUUUUGGCUUCUAAGUUUUGGCUCUUGGGGUGUCUUCUCCUUUUCCUUUCUU